GGUUAGUCAAAGAGAGCCAAGGAAAUCAACCUUUCUAUUACAAUCCUCUUUACCAAGAAAAUCACCAACAUAAUUCUUCUUCUUGAGCAUAUUAUCUUACAACACCGAUGCAGUUAGUUUUACUUCACCACCAGCUUCAAAAUGCAAUUGACCCCAUCAAACCCAAACACUAAUAUUCUUGUUCAAAUAGACACAAACAAUAUCAUCCAGAAAGCACACUAAGGUUCCCAUUGUUCUCUAACAUUUAUGGGUUUUCACAAUCAUGCUAAUCUGUUGUUGAUUUUUCUACUCAUAUUCUCCAUAUUUUCUUCUGUUUUGAGCUCUGUUGACGAUACAAUCACACCAUCCAAACCCAUCAGAGACCCCAACACAAUCACUUCCAAAAACGGUGACAUCAAGCUAGGAUUCUUCACCCCAGAAAACUCUGCAAACCGCUACGUAGCAAUCUGGUACAUCUCCCAAUCCUACAAUAUAUGGGUGGCAAACAGAGAUCAACCACUAAACGAUUCUUCCAGCGUCUUCAAAAUCAACGAGGAUGGAAAUCUUGUAAUCUUGAACGCUCAGAACCGUGUGAUAUGGUCAACAGAUAUUUCAAUUUCAAGCAAUUCAACAAGAACAGCUCAGAUUCUCGAUUCAGGAAACCUGAUCCUGAGAGAUGAUGAAACUGGAGAAACGGUCUGGGACAGUUACUCCCAUCCUAGCGGAUCAGCUGUCCCAGGGAUGAAAAUCGCGACAAACCGAAUCACCCUGAAGAAAAUCGAGUACACCUCAUGGAAAAAUAGUACUGAUCCUUCUUCAGGCUACUUCACAGCUAGUCUAGAACGAUUGGACACUCCAGAAGUGUUUUUCUGGCGCAACAAAACUCAUCCAUAUUGGAGAACUGGUCCAUGGAAUGGACGAGUUUUCCUCGGCGCACCGAGGAUGCUAACUGAGUAUCUGGCUGGAUGGGAAUUUCAAAAGGAUGAUGGUCAUGGAAAUUCUUAUCUUACUUACAAUUACGGUAAGCAGAACACCUUUGGAAUUCUGCGCAUGACUUCUAAUGGUACACUUCAAUAUAUAAACUUUUACAACAAGACGGAAGCGUAUAGACUCGAGGUGGGUCAAAAUGUGUGUGAUUUCUAUGGCACUUGUGGGGCUUUUGGGAACUGUGACGCUUUCAGUGACCCGAUUUGCAGCUGUUUUGAGGGGUUUAGGCCGAGGGAUGCGGAGGCGUGGAGCGCAAAGAAUUGGACCGGCGGGUGUGUGAGGACGGCGGAGCUGCGGUGUGAGGAGGUGAAGAAUGGGAGUGAAGUGCAGCAAGAUGAGUUUUUGUUGUUUAAUAAUAUGAAGGUGCCCGAUUUUGCAGAGUUAUCUGGUGGGGAGCAAGAUAAGUGUCGGCCGGAUUGCUUAGCAAAUUGUUCUUGCUUGGCGUAUGCGUAUGACCUUACUAUUGGUUGCAUGUAUUGGAGUAGGGAUUUGAUUGACUUGCAGAAAUUUGAAAAGAGAGGUGUUGAUCUCUUCAUUCGUGUGCCUGCAGAACUAGUUAAAAGCAAAGGGGGGAAAGGAAACAUGACAUUGAUUAUUGCCAUUUCUGUGGCAAUUGGAGCAGUUACCUUAGCUGUUUGUUCAUAUAUUUUGUGGCGGAAAUUAACUGCCAAACCUACAGGGAGCCAGCCUCAAUUCAAAGAUCAGAAACAAAUGAAACUAGAUGAGCUACCACUAUUUAGUUUUGAAACGCUUGCAACCGCCACAAAAGGCUUUCAUUUGGGUAAUGUGCUUGGGAAAGGAGGUUUUGGUCCAGUAUAUAAGGGAGAAUUGGAAGAUGGCCAAGAAAUUGCAGUAAAAAGACUCUCAAAAUCUUCUGGACAAGGAUUAGAAGAAUUCAUGAAUGAAGUUGUGGUGAUCUCUAAACUUCAACAUCGCAAUCUUGUAAGACUUCUUGGUUGUUGUGUUGAGCGAGAAGAACAGAUCCUGGUUUAUGAGUUCAUGCCAAAUAAGAGUUUGGACGCAUUUCUCUUUGAUCCACUUCAAAAGAAAAUUUUAGAUUGGAGAAAGCGUUUUAACAUAAUUGAAGGAAUAGCUCGGGGUAUACUUUAUCUCCACAGAGACUCAAGGCUAAGGAUUAUCCAUAGAGAUCUAAAAGCAAGCAACAUCUUGCUAGAUGGUGAGAUGAUUCCAAAGAUAUCAGAUUUUGGUUUAGCCAGAAUUUUCAAAGGUGGUGAAGAUGAUGAAGCUAACACAAUAAGGGUUGUUGGAACUUAUGGUUAUAUGCCUCCUGAAUAUGCAAUGGAGGGGCUUUUCUCAGAGAAAUCAGACGUGUAUAGCUUUGGAGUUUUAUUGCUAGAGAUUGUUAGUGGAAGAAGAAACACUAGCUUUCGCAAUGACGAUUCGCUUAGCCUUAUAGGAUUUGCAUGGAAACUAUGGACAGAAGAAAACAUUAUUUCUCUAAUAGAUCCAGAUAUAUGGGAUCCAAGCGUUGAAAGUACCAUGUUAAGGUGCAUACACAUAGGACUUCUAUGUGUGCAAGAAAUCCCAAGAGAAAGGCCAGCUAUAUCCACUGUAGUUUUGAUGCUCAUAAGUGAGAUCACACAACUGCCUCCUCCAGGGCAAGUUGCAUUUGUCCAGAAGCACAAUGCUAAAAGUUCAGAGUCUUCUCAAAAGAGUCAGUGUAGCUCCAACAAUAAUGUAACUCUUAGUGAAGUUCAUGGCAGUCCUUUCAUUUUCCACCAACUAUUAGCUUUGAAAUAUACGUUGUUCUGAUGGAAAUCGACAAUCUCGCCACCCUCGAUGCCUCGAAGGAGAACUUGACUGUUGUUGCAAAGGUGAACCGUUUAUGGCUUAGUCGGAGCUUAUAUGGUUCGAAGCUUCCAUUUUCCAUGGACAUGGUUCUUAUGGAUG